GGACCACCACCACCAGCGCCCCGUUGACAGGCAGCCCCGAAUUUCACCCGCCCGGCUUUGACACCGCCAGCUUCAUCGGCGGCAUCGUGCUGGUGCUGAGCGUCCAAGCCGUGGUCUUCUUCAUCAUCAAGUUCAUCAAGUCGAAGGACAGCACCUACCAAACGCUGUAA